AUGAAGAAUACAACAAACAAGAAGGAUAAAUCUGCGUUGAAGGCUGAAAGAAAAAGCUUCAAGAUGCAGAAAGAAUCCAUCAAGAAGCAGACGAAGGAACUCUCCGAAAUUUGCAACGUCAAGGCUUGCGCUGUUAUUAUUGGGCCCGAUGGGACGAUUGAAACAUGGCCGGAAAAUCGUAACGAUGUGCGGGAAUUGAUCCAAGCGUACAAAAACCGCGGUCCGGAAAAGGAACAGCCUCAAGAACUUGACGGUGAUAACGAUAAAACUAAGGAAACUGUUUCUGUUGUCUCGGGGAAUCCAACCAAAGAAGAAAUUUUAAGAAGUAUAGAUGCCAAAUUAGCCGAAGUAAGGAAGCGGAUUCAGAUCUUGAAGGCCAAUGAGAUGAAAAAGACAGAAUCGUAA